CCGCCCUCCAUUGUCAACUGAACGAUCUGAGUCAAUUAAACUGGAGCUUCAUCCAUCUCUGUCGUCGGUUCUACCGCGUCCCCUAGAUCAACGGCUGGAAGGGCACCGUAUGACAACAUACAAACGAACAAAGAACGAUCGAAAUCCGAAAUGAUGGAUGAAUGGAUGGAUGGAUUUCAAUCUUGCUCUUCUUGCCAGUAAAUUUGAGAACCGUUUUCUUAACUGCGAAGCAAUCCAACGCAACGCAGCGGCGAAACGAUGCCUUCCUAUAUAAAGAGAUCCGAAGCCACGACCUUCUUUAAUUCUUCCAAUCCAUCAUCCAUCCUAAUUUCGAAAGCAUUAAUUUGCAGUUUCGAAUUUCCCGCCAGUGCUGCUCCGCUCGAACAUGUCGAAUACGUCCGCCGAGCAACGUCCAUUCACUCUCAAAUUUGAGAGAGAGUUCGAUCAGCGGUCGGAGAGAGUUAAGUCUCUGGAUUUCCAUCCAACGGAGGCAUGGAUCCUAGUGAGUUUGUACUCUGGAACACUUUGCAUCUGGAACUACCACUCGCAAGUUUUGGAGAAAUCCAUUAAGGUCACAGAAUCACCAGUGAGGUCGGCGAAGUUUGUGGCUCGCAAACAGUGGGUCGUUGCAGGAGCCGAUGACAAGUUUAUUCGUGCAUACGACUACAAUUCUGUCGAAAAGAUCAAAGAAGUGGAGGCACACACGGAUUUCAUUCGGUCUUUGGCAGUGCAUCCUACCCUCCCACUUGUGCUGUCAUCAUCGGAUGACAUGCUCGUAAAGCUUUGGGACUGGGAGAAGGACUGGGAGUGCAUUCGGAUCUUUGAGGGGCACAGCCAUUAUGUAAUGCAAGUAACAUUUAAUCCCGUAGAUACCAAUACCUUUGCAAGCGCCUCCCUCGAUAGCAGCGUCAAGAUAUGGGAUCUUGGCUCCCCUAUUUCGAGUUUCACUCUGGAGGGCCAUUCUAAAGGGGUGAAUUGUGCGGAAUUCCUCACGAGUGGUUCUCAUAAGCCGUAUCUGAUCACGGGUUCUGACGAUCACCUUGUUAAGGUUUGGGACUAUCAGACCGGAACUUGUGUCCGGACACUAGAAGGCCACACUCAUUACGUUACUGCAGUAUAUGUUCAUCCUGAAGUUCCCAUCAUACUUACAGCUUCAGAAGAUGAGACUAUUCGCAUAUGGCAUGCGACAACUUAUAGGCUUGAGAAUACACUUAACUAUGAACUUGGAAGAGUUUGGGCAGUUGGGUGCGUGAAAGGUUCUGCCAAGGCUGUGUUUGGUUGCGAUGGAGGCACCGUUGUGGCCAAAGUUAUUUGCUCUCAGAGUUGGGAUUCUGUAAAUCUUGAGACUGAGGGGGAAGACUCGAAGGAAUAACUGUAACUGUCAAGAUGGAUGCCAAUAAUUGAUGAGAUGGAGUGAGUAGUCAAGCAGCAGCAGUAGCACGAGGAGGAUUAGAGUACGUUGUUACGUAUAGAGUAUGAAAAGUUGUAAGAAUAAAGGAAUUUUUCUGUUCUGAUUUUUCCUUCCGAAAUUCACUGUCUGAGCAUCAUUAUAUACAAACACAAUAGCUUAAUCCUAGCAUAUAAUCAUGUGAUAUACAAGGUAAAGAAUAAACUUCCUUAAUUAGGAAGAUUCCUACCUAAAUAAUUCUUCAUCAGUUGCCGUGAUCAAGAUUACAAUCCCAUAAUUUGUGUUAACACUCCCAUG